AAAUCAGUACCUACUAAGCUUUAUUCAUAGUUCACAUUAGAGUACGGUUUAAAAAGAUGCCAGGGGAUUCUUUUGAAAGUCAUGGGAGGUUCAGAUCAGGAGUUGGGUUUAUUUCAGAUGUUCGGAAAAGGAUGUUGAACGGUUUAAGUAAACACCGCGCCUUUCUGUUUUACCGAAAAAUCCAGCAAAUCGUAUUUCAUAUUUUUCACCUGAGUAUGUACUGAGAGAUCUUAAACAUUUUGGAGACUAUAGAGUUUAUGAUCCCGUUUGGCGGUUGUGCUGGGAUGAGCUCAAAGAAUUGACGGUAUUGCAGCUUACUCUUCAAUUGAAUGUAAUGCUUUCGCAUUCUGUGGUAGAUUUUCUAAAGUCUUCUGAAUGCCAAUCCAAGCUUGACCGUAAAUCCCCUAUUUUUCCACAGUUUGAACAAAUUUUAUUGCCGAGGGGGAUGAAGGAGUCUAAAAUACGAUUUGUCGCGUCUAUCGGUAAAACAGAAAGGAGGUAGUACUUGGAUUCGCAGUUCUCCUCCGAAAUUCCGUUCGCCGCAUGCGGUCCUCGUGGCUAGUAAACGGUAACCUGAAUGGCGGUGCUCGGGGGUUAGUCGAGCAGGCAUCGCGACGCUACAGUGACGCCGCCCGGCGCGUCGCGAAUAAUUAUUGCGAGACCAAACGAAGAGUCGCGGCACGGCUCGCUGCAUGACACACUCGGGCUCAGCUAUCGGCAUCUGAUAUUAUUCCGCGGUCCCGCGUUGUUCCACAUUACAUCUCUUCGUCAGCUCGCUGCGACCCAUUUCUUCCUCCCCUUGGUCUGUCUGUCCGAUACAAAUAAUCACCAAAAAAAAAAAAAAAACCCCUGCGAAUAAGAAACUAAAAGCGAACAGCUUUUUCGCAAAGUGCAUUUGAACCUGGAUCGGGGCGAGCGAAAAAAAUCGGUUCCAGUGGUCGCGGUGGUAUUUGAAAAACAAAAGUGCACGUACAUGAGUGUUCAAAUUCUUUGUAAGAAAAAUUGAAAAAAAAAGAAAAAAGCUCUUGUAUACGCAUUGAGGAAUAUCGGUGAAGUUUUGCGGUAUACAGGAGAUGGGACACCGAAGAGAGGCCACAUUCCGAGCAGAUCACGGAUGCUUAUAGAAGCGUUGCGUAACAAACCGAACGACUUGAACCGAGCGUGGUGGUGGUGCUGCUGCUACCGCUGCUGCUGCUGCAGUGGCUGAGAAUACAGACGAGACGGAUAGUGGAUCGCGAGGGAUUACGAGCGUUGGAAACGUGCGGUGCGCACCAAGUUCGAGCAGUUUUACCGGCCUCGGAUGAGAGUCGCAGAGUGCCGAUUUUUCAAUCAGGUCGAAACCGGGUAUCGGGAUAUACGGUCUAGGCAGUCGGGGAUGGUGAACGUGCGUUUCAUUUUCCUGUCAAGCUCAUAAAAAAAUCUGUAAACUUUUACCAACGCCUGAAAGCAACACUUGCAAAGAACAAUGAAUUCGUUUUUUACUUAAAAAUCGGAGGGAAGUGACCGGAAAAAUUGCGUUCUAUCGGUGGUUUUGCCUCAUUUUCGGCCCUUCUUUAGUUACACUGUUCACUUGAUAGAUUUAUAUUAUUGUCAAUAAAAUAGUCGUAUUUGUUACCGGUGUUUUUGUUCUGCUUGAUCACAUUAUUUGCAAAAAAUCGGUCCGAAAUCGGUUUGAAAUUCCACAUGCUUACAGAUAACUUCGCAUUCUAAAACGAACAGAAUUUUAUAAAGUUAGCUGAAUCACAAUAAAUAAUUGUAUUGCCAAGUUGUAAAAUUGGUACGCUGAAAUCGGUUAGUAAGAUGAUUUAUGAUGGAUUACGAAAAUAGGGUUAAAAAGAGUUGUUUGCAAGCUUGAUAAUGUUGGAGUUUAUUCGAUGAUGUAUUCGGUCUAAGAUUGUAAAACGCGAAACGAUCGGUAACUUAAUAUCGUGAAAUAAAUUGGCAAUAUCGCCGAAAACUCGAGUUUGUAACAAUUUUAUCGGUAUAACUGGGUGGCAGUAAAUCGGUACGGAAACAAAUUACACUGAUAGAAUAAAGCGGAAAUAUAUAUCUGCGUUUCUCGUUGAACCGGUAAACCAAAAAUUAAAGUAAAACGGAGCAAUAAAUGUUGAGGAAUUCCUGUUCCUUUUCUCCCCGAAAUCCCGAUCUCCCAGUGAACGUGACAGAGACAAUCGUGCGAGAGUGAAAUCAACGAUCGGUUUUCCAGAAUACCGUCGUCGGUCUUAACGAGGCCGAAAAAUCGGGGGAGGGAUGGACGUCCUCGUGUCAGUCCGACUGUUCUGACGACUAAGGAAGUCCCAUCCGUCACUGACCGGCCCCCGGGCCGUAGAAAAGAGACUCGGGGCCUUAGGCGAGGGUAAUGCAGCAGCCCCAGGGGGCGACGGCGAGCGGGGCGCCUAACGGCGUCGCCGGUGGGGCCCAGAUUCCGCCUGCGGGAGGCCUGAGUCCGGUCCAGCCGGGGACUACCGCCUCUAACUCGACCGGCCAGAAUCGGGCCCAGGUAAACGGAGGGCGAUUCGACUUCGACGAUGGCGGGACUUACUGCGGUGGAUGGGAGGACGGUAAGGCCCACGGCCACGGCGUUUGCACUGGGCCCAAAGGACAGGGUGCAUACUCGGGGAGCUGGCAUUACGGGUUUGAAGUUUCGGGCGUUUAUACAUGGCCCAGCGGCUCGGCGUACGAGGGACAAUGGCAAAACGGAAAACGCCAUGGUCUAGGGAUGGAGACACGUGGCCGGUGGUUAUACAGAGGUGAAUGGACUCAAGGGUUUAAAGGACGGUACGGUGUUCGCCAGUCCACCACAUCCACCGCAAGGUACGAGGGUACCUGGGCCAGCGGACUUCACGACGGUUACGGAUCCGAAACGUACGCGGACAGCGGAACUUAUCAGGGCCAAUGGCUCCGAGGAAUGCGACACGGUUACGGAGUGAGGGCGAGCGCCCCGUUCGGCCUCGCUUCGCACUACAAGCCGCCGAAGCAGGUGAGGGCGUCCCUGACGUCCCUAAGAAGCGCCGACGGGGGACCAGCGCCCCCAGCUCCGACCCCUGAACCAACGGACCGACGAGAUCGACGGGUUGAUGACAGCCGAGGGGGAUUUGUCCUGAAGGCGAGGAGCGACGAUCCUCCAGCGCGACGGAAAAGUCUGACAGAGAAAUCAGGCCUGAAGAAGGGAUUACUCUCGGGUUUGAAAAUCCGCAAGCAACGGAGCACCGGUGACCUUGAAAAACGUGGCACGGGCGGAAGCAUACGAAGCAAUGCGAGUUCUGCGUCAUGGAUGUCGACCGAGAGCUCGCAGAGCCAAGCGUCGGCCUCCGUCCACACGGAUAGCAAUGCCUCUUUCGUCAUUGAGGACGAGCAGAUGGAUGCAUCGGUGACCGAGACGUACCUUGGAGAGUGGAAAAACGACAGAAGAACAGGAUUUGGAAUAUCGGAACGAAGCGACGGCCUCCGAUACGAAGGGGAGUGGUUCAACAAUCGAAAAUACGGCUACGGAGUAACGACGUUUCGCGACGGAAGCAAGGAGGAGGGAAAAUACAAGAACAACGUGUUGAUAACGAGUCAGAAGAAGAAACACCUCUUCCUGAUCCGCUCAGCAAAGUUCAGAGAGCGAAUAGAGGCGGCAGUGAACGCCGCCCAACGGGCGAGCAAGAUCGCUCUGCAAAAGGCGGACAUCGCGAUAUCGCGGACGGCAACCGCUAGAGGGAAGGCCGAGCUCGCUGACAUAGCGGCGGAACAUGCGCGCGAGGAUUCGGACAUCGCGCAGCACACCGCGCGCCAGUUUGCACCUGACUUCAGGCAGCCGGGACUGGAGCGCCUGCGCAAUCGCGAGAUCCCAAAGUACGUCCCGCCACCACAGGACGCAGCGCCGGCCAAGAGCAUCCUACUUAAGAGCAGCGGGGCUCAGGAUCAGGCCCAAAUUCAGGGCCCUUCCUCGCCGGGAGAGACGACCGCGAGUCCCUCAGCGCCUAGUCAAUCCUUGACUCAGUCGAUAACGCAGUCCAUGCGACGGGCUAGCAUGCGGCCGGCGCAGAGCCUGAGCCAGAACCAAAACCCGGUUGGUAGCACUCAGAACCAACAGAACCAGAACCAGUACACGGCCCAGAGUCAGAACCAGUACACGAACCCGCCCUCCAACAAUCCGUACAAUCAAACGCAGCCGAAUAUUAACCAGAUGCAAAAUCAGUUUCAACAGCAAUACGUAGCGCAGAAUUCUUAUGGUCUGGGAGGGCAGAGCCAGUUCGGAGCGCAGAACAACGGCGGUACUCCCACACAGUUCGGACAGAGCCAGGCGCAGAAUCAGGAGCAGACCGAACAGUACCAGGCUUACCAGACCGCACAGGGGUACCAAAACCAGUACCAGAAUCAGCAGGGGUAUCCGAACCAGCAGAUGCUAAUAUCGCCUUUUACUACCUCCAUCGGCCCGAUGACGCAGCUACCCCAGAUGAAUCAGUUUUACGGAGAACAACUGUACCGCAAUGCGGUGCCCAACCAGUACGCACCAACACCGCUAAACAACCAAGUGAAUCAAACUAAUCAGAUGAGCCAAAUGAAUCAAAUGCAGAACCAAAUCAAUAGCCAAGCCCAAAAUCAGUACAUGCCAAACUACGUUCAGCAGCCGCAGCAACAGCAACAGCAGCAACAGCCACAACAACAACAGUACCAAAACGACCCGACUGGUGUUCUUCAAGAUCAGCAAAGGGGCAUCAACACUGGUGCCAGCAUACGAAGGAACAGCCGGAUACUCAGCCCUCAGGACAGACCUCCGGGACCUCCUAUGGCCCAGGCAUUUAGCGACAGACUGGAUCACUACAAACGACCUCCCAGCCGAGAUAGUUCGGUUGAUCGGUACGCCAGGGCUCACUCGAGGCUUACCGGUUCUAGACAACCGUCAAUCGACAAGGGACAAGUUCCACAGUCCCAGGAAUCGAUCGACAGAUCGGCAAGAGGCGCGAGCACGUUCAGAUCGGCAACACCGUUGAACGGAUCGGCGAUCGGUAGCGGCGCUGCUACUCCUGUGUACACGGUACCGACGUCGAGUCAGUUCGAGGGUGCGCUACUCCGUAAUCGUGGACUUGGCCAGGACAUCCUGCCGAGUCCAGGACAACCGAAACGUACCGAGAGCCUCUACGUCAGUCCGGCUCGAGGGGGUUCGAUUUCUGCGAUCGGCGGAGGCGGCGCUGGGGGCGGCGGCGGCGGCGGCGGAGGUGGAGGACCGAAGGCGAUGCCGGUAACCGCAAUGCCUCUGCAACGUAAGAAAUCACUGCCCGACGUUGCCCAGCCAAUUCAACUCACCGCAAGCUCGCCUCUGUCACGGGAAGAAGUGAGCGUCCUCAGCAGCGCGCGUCGCGAAGAAAUCAGGAGACAGAUUGACGAGGGCGAGAGGCUCAGGGCCAACCCCUUACUUUACCUCGUCAGCCCCCAGGUCAAAGAUUGGUUCUCUCGUCAGCAGUUGGUGAUGCUGGUACUUUUCAUCAAUAUAUCCCUUGCCCUGAUGUUCUUCAAAUUGUUGACGUAGCAGGCAGCUGGGAAGUUCUUUACCGGGAAAAACGAAAGAAUAACGAAAAAAAAACCAAAGAAGCACUCGACAUCAUCAACGUCAUUGUAAUCAUAAUCAUCAUCGUGAUAAUUAUCACCCACAUUCAUACGAUAAUAUUAAUAUCUAUAAUAAUACAAUAAUAAUAAUAAUAAUUAUGAAGUGCUACCGUACGAGAAGAAUUGUAGAAAAAAAAAACAUCGGCUGUGAGGAUUUCGACAUCGCAAAAAUGAUGAGAAAAAUAUGACACGAUCGCGGCGAGAAUCGAAAAACAGGAAUAAGAGUUUAUUGAUGAAACGCGACAAUGCAAUUUUCAAAUUCCGAACAAAAAAGUGAGCGGGAGCUGCAAAUAAGGGAUCGAUCGAAAAGCGAGGCGUGCGAAUCGAGUUGCAAUGCCUGCGAUUGCGCAUCCGUUCAAACGAUUAUAAUACCGGUUAUGUUAUUAUACGGUAAACUAUGUGUACCUUAUAAUUCAUUGUUACAUAUUGUACUAUCGAGGAAGAGGAGGAAAAUUAUGCGGACGUAGAAUCGCGUUUGAUUUUCUUGUAGAGUGGAAUAAAAAGAUGAAAUACACGAUUCACAUAAAUAAAUAUGCGUAAUAUGUAUAUUAGGGUGUCCCAGGAAGAAUAAAAAAAUUCAAUUUUUCAUGCUCCUACCCCUCAAAACUUUAGUUUUAAUAGAAAAAACACAUCCUCGCACUGGCCGAGCUCUGUAGCUCAAUGGGAACCUGCCGCUAAUUGAACAUUUCUAAUUAUACAAGUUAUAAUAACGUCUAUGACGAACUUCGUGAAAGAAUUAAAAUUGGAGACUAUGAGGAUUAUAUUUCAAGUUAAAAAGAAAUUUUCUUCUUGCACAUUUCCAGUGUUUUAUGAAAAAAAUAUAAACAAAUUCGAGUUGAAAUUUGUUUCUCGACACCAUCGUGUUCUACAUAACAAUUCAGAUCAAUUCUAUUCAUGAUAAUAAUUUAGUCACUCGAAUAAUUUGUCAAUCUUGUCUUUUUUAUGAAUAAUUAGAACUGUGCUAUAAGAAAGUCUGUUUAUUAGUUGAAAAUUUUGUUUUUAACUUGAAAUACAAUUCUCAUAAUCUCGAAAGUUUUUUUUUUACCCACAAAGUUCCUCGUAGACAUUAAUCAGAUUCUAUAAUUAGAAAUGUCCAAUUAGCGUCAGCUUCCCAUUGCACUAUAUAAAGCUCGACCCGUGCGAGAAUAUUUUUUAUUAUCAAAACAAUAGAUUCAAGGGGUAGGAGCAUGAAAAAUCAAAGUUAUUUUUUAUUUUUUGGGAUAUCCCAAUAUAUAUACGCAUAUAAUACAUGUGUAUAUUAUAAAUUGUUAUGUUGAAGAAAAAAAGAAAGAUAUUAAUAAAUAUUAUUGAUAGAAAAUUCGAUAAUGUAAUAAAUGCUAUAUAUAUAUUUAUAUAUAAAUAUAUCUUGCGUUUUCGUGGAUACGCGCUAGGACACCCCUAAUUAUAGGCAAUUCAGGGUGCGAAUCCACUCCGAGCAGCUCCGAGUUUCGAAUUAGCCGCCUGCUAGCAAAUGAACAGCGGAGUUGCUCAAAAUGAACCUGGAGCGCAUCCACGCAAAUACACGGUAUUUAUGUAUAUGUGAACAGACUGUACUAUAUAAUAUUACGGUGUACGUAAUGUAUGCAUACUAACUUCGGUAUGUGUAUACAUACAAAAUAAAAAAAACCAGGAGAAAAAAAAAGAAAACGAAAACUAACGCGGAAGAAAAAACGAUACGAGAUGUGAAAACGAUGGUUUUUAUCAUUAAUAAUUAUGCAUACGCAAUAUUAUUAAAUUUCGUGAAAUUGAGAAACAAAUAAAUGUUAGGAAACAUCACGGGAUAUACCCGUAUAUAGAAUCGCACAUAAUAUAAAGUAAUAUAUUAAAUUAUAUGCAUAUCUCGUGAUUCGUUUCCUCGUAUUUGUUUUUUUUUUUUUUUCAGUUUGACCAAAUUUCACAAUAUUAUGUCGGCUGUAAUAUAAAAUGAAGAAUUAUACAUAAAGAAGAAGGAAAAUGAAAUGAAGCAGAGAUAAAUAUAAAAUUGAAUCUACUAACGUCGUCAUAUGAUAUAAGAAUUAUAUUAAUGAAAACCGAUCGACCAAUGAAAAUUCUAAAUAAAUUUUUCUUUAAAUUGUGCUACAAGAAAAAUAUCUGAGAAAAAUUCCGUGUAAAUGCCUGUUACAUUGACGUCUUAUAUAUAUGCAUAUACAUUACUGAUGUUUAUUUAUUUUUAUUACCACUUUCUUCCGUCUUGUCGUGAUAAUAUGUUGAUGACGUUUCAAAAAUGAACGUACAGAAAACGAAAUUUGAAAUGAAAAACUAGGCAGAAAGAGAAUCAACGAGUAAAAAACAAGCAAAUUAUAUGGUCCACCUGCACAGCAUUAAUUUAUUUAUUCGUUUUUGGUUUUUGUUUUGAUGGUAUUUUCUUUAACGAAGACGAGAAGAGAAAGAAAGCUAGAUCGAGUAAAUAAGCCAAAGAAAAAAUGUGAGAAUGAGAGAUUGAGAGAGAUUGCAAGAGUAAUAACUUAUAUUCGUUGUCUAUCCGAGUACUUGUAUAUUAUGUAUAUGUAUUACAAUAUUUUUACACUAUAUACAUAUGUAUAGCUGCAUACAUGAAUGUACUAUUUUUUAAUACUAAAAGACUUAGUAUCGAAUUGCCUAAGACCCCAACGCCUAGGUUUGGGUUGAAGAAAAAAAAUAUUAAAGAAUACAAGAAGUCGAGGAAGCAAAAAAAAAAAAAAAGCAAGAAAAAACAAAGAGAAAUAAACAAA